AUGGGUAAUGAUUCAUCCAAAUCGAAGUCAUCUACAAGCAAAGGAAUAACUUCCACAUUAGGUAUCAAAGCGGGACCAUCACAAGCUACCGUACAGAGACACAUUGAUAAUGCGCAGAAAAGCAGAAUUCUUCAGCUGAAGUCGUGUGGCUUGAAGGCUCUACCGUCCUCUCUGAACGAGCUUCACGAUGUAAUACGAAAUCUGGAACUAAGUCAGAAUAAACUAAAAGAGUUGCCACCGACUAUAGGGGCUUUCACCGUCCUCAAGCAGCUACAUCUCUCAGAAAAUGCUCUCACUGAACUUCCUCAUGAGAUUGGAAUGCUGAAAAAUCUGGAGAUUCUCCAAGUGCAGUCGAAUAAACUAUCAUCUCUGCCCGACAGCUUGGUUGGCUGUACUUCACUGAAGACGCUCAAUAUUUCGGCUAAUAGCUUCACGCAAUUUCCUGUGGUUGCUUGUCACUUGAUGUCACUGGAAACGUUAAAUCUUGCUCAGAAUACUAUCACCGAACUUCCGGAUGAGCAAGGAAAUUAG